AGCCUGGGAGCGACAUUAGCAGAAACACUGCACGGCAAGCUGACUGUGUGGGGGAGAGAGUGAGACACAGUAAUAAGAGAGAGAGAGACAGAGACAGAGAGAGCCAGUGAAAUAGUGAAAUAUAGAGGGGGGUCUGACAGAAUAAUGUAGGAAACCAUACACUGAGGAACUACCCAAACCUGAAGAAGACUUUUAUGACAACGUUUAUGGGAGACCAGGACAGGGACCCCAACCUGUGGAGACCAUGGGCAGCCCCACCCCCCCUGUGCCUUCCCUCAACGUCACCGAGUCAGCCAACACAUCAUGGGCCGGGGCGGCUGGCGGGGAGCCAGGUUACAGCGAGGUCGAAAUGGUCCUCCUAGGCAUGUUGAUGUCACUGUUGGUCGUAGGCAUAGUGUUCGGCAACAUCCUGGUCAUCAUAGCCAUCUACCGAUUCCAGAGACUGCAGAACAUCACCAACUGCUUCAUCACGUCUUUGGCCUGUGCCGACCUGGUCAUGGGUCUCAUCGUGGUGCCGUUCGGAGCCUGCUACAUCAUCUUCAACACCUGGCACUUUGGCAGCUUCUGGUGUGAGUUCUGGACCGCCACUGACGUGUUGUGCGUGACUGCCAGCAUCGAGACGCUCUGCGUGAUAGCGUUGGACCGUUACCUGGCCAUAACCUCUCCGUUCCGCUACCAGUCUCUGUUGACCAAGUGUAAGGCACGCGUGGUGGUCCUGCUGGUGUGGGUGAUCGCUGGACUCAUCUCAUUCUUACCCAUCCACAUGAAGUGGUGGAUCAGUGACGACGCGGAGGCGAAGGCCUGCAUCCAGAACAGCAACUGCUGUGACUUCAACACCAACACAGCCUACGCCAUCACCUCCUCCAUCAUCUCCUUCUACAUCCCCUUAGUCGUCAUGGUGUUUGUCUACAGCCGCGUGUUCCAGGAGGCCAAGCAGCAACUACGCAAGAUUGACCGCAGCGAGGGGCGCUUCCACGCCCAUAACAACAACAUGGCAGGAGGAGGAGGAGGAGGAGGAGGAGGAGGAGGAGGAGGAGGAGGGGUGGAGAGUAACAACGAGAGCCGAGGAGUUGGAGGAGGCUUCAGGAAGACCAAGUUCUGCCUGCGGGAACACAAGGCCCUGAAGACCCUCGGGAUCAUCAUGGGGAUCUUCACGCUGUGCUGGCUACCCUUCUUCGUCCUCAACGUGGUGGUAGCCAUCUGGAAGGUAGGGGACAUCGGACUCGCCUUCAGGAUACUCAACUGGAUAGGUUACGCCAACUCCGCAUUCAACCCCUUGAUCUACUGCAGGAGCCCUGAGUUCAGAUACGCAUUCAAGGAGAUCCUGUGCAUCAAGAAGGUCCGGUUCCCCAACAUAGGGCCUACUAAUGGAUACGUGUACAGCGGACACAGCUGGCAGAGUGAGCAGCAGGGAGGGAGGAGUAAAGGGAGCUCGGAGGACAGGGAGGACAGUGACCCAGCUGCAGACGGGUGCUCGGGGCGGGGAGAGGCCGGUGGGGGUGGAGCUGCAGACAGAACAGACCCGAACGGGAACUGCAGUAAAGGGUUAACGACUGUACUUUAACCCCUCAUAUUUGAUCUCUGGAACAGACAGACAUAUUUCAUUGCCAUCGGCCAUUGUCACUUCACCAAGUCACUGAGAUAAGACUGGAUGGAUGGAUAGAGGGUGAAUGGUGAGUGGAUAACAUGGUUGGGACUUGUUAGAUUCAGGUCAGGAGAGGAAUUUGGUUAUUUUUUUACCAGUAGGUUUGAUAAGUAGAUCACUAUGUUUUGAUAUGUUCAUUUAGAGAGAGAUCAUGUAGAUUGUUCCAUCUACCUCACCGUGUCAAUUGAGAUAUCUUUAUUUUCUUAUCAUGUUUUAUCUAUUUCUGUCACAUUGAUUCACUAAACACAGAAACCAGGCUGGCUCAUAACUCCUUAGAGAGUGGACAACACAACACUUGUGAUGGGUUCGAUUCCCGCUGGGGCCACUCAUAAGUGAAAUGUAUGAACAUUUUAUAAAAGCGUCUGCUGAACGGCAUAUAUUAUGAACAGUUAAAGAGAGAGAGAGAGAGAGAGAGACACACACACCUUUACUACUGAGAGACAUGGACCAUGCCCCCUUUGUUUUUACAUUAACCAUUUUCUUGCGUUUCACACAAGAUAUAAACAUUUUUCAACAUCAGCGGAAUUCAUGCAGAUAAAAACACUGCGCAGAAAAUUACAAAAAAAAUUACAAAAAACACGGCCAACAUCUUUAGAGAGCAGAGUUCUGUUCUGCUCAUAAUUCCUCUGGCUUCAUGAGAUACGAGAAUAACCCAGGGGAAUGGUGACAGGUGUGGUAGAACCCGUCUCUCUCUCCCCUGCCGAAACCUCACUUCUCAAAACCUCCCUUCUCAAAACCUCACUCCUCAAAACCUCACUCCUCAAAACCUCCCUUCUCAAAACCUCCCUUCUCAAAACCUCACUCCUCAAAACCUCCCUUCUCAAAACCUCACUCCUCAAAACCUCACUCCUCAAAAUCUCGCUUCUCAAAACCUCACUCCUCAAACCUCCCUUCUCAAAAACUCUCUUCUCAAAAUCUCCCUUUUCAAAGCCUCACUCAAAGCCUCCCUUCUCAAAACCUCACUCCUCAAAAUCUCGCUUCUCAAAACCUCACUCCUCAAACCUCCCUUCUCAAAAUCUCCCUUCUCAAAACCUCCCUUCUCAGUCUCCCUUCUCAAAAUCUCCCUUCUCAAAACCUCCCUUCUCAAACCUCCCUUCUCAGUCUCCCUUCUCAAAAUCUCCCUUCUCAAAACCUCUCUUCUCAGUCUCCCUUCUCAAAACCUCCCUUCUCAAACAUGCUGGCAAUGUUCUCUCCAGAAGGCACUGCUUCCUUCUCUCCACAUUAAUAUUUAUUGCUAGUUAAUUAAGGAGGAGUUUUCAGAUAUUAUCGGAGGUUUUACAUUCGUAGAAUAUUUACAAUAGCUUUGAUGUAUAGAGACGGGGAAACGAACACUUGCCUCAGGGUGCCUGUUGAGAAACAGAAUUGUCUUGUCCUGUGCGAUUCCUUUUGAUAAGUCAAUGAUAUGAGUCACAAAUAUGGUUAUUGUUUGUUGUUGUUGUUGCAAAAUAGUGGUCGUAAGUUGUGACUUUAGUGACUUCAAUCACUUUUCAAAGCCUGUGUGAUUCUGGCACCACAGUAUUGAGGUUGGAGUACCUCUAGGCAUCACCAUAUGCCUUAUCUCUGGUGUACAAUAUAUCUUUAUGUGUAGAGUUGGACACACAAGGCUUUUGCAUUAAUUGACAUGAUGAUAAUCGCUGCUGAGCCACACUUUCCCUUCACUUUGCCUUAUUAAUCUGAUCCCAGUGUCACAGCAGCCAUCCCGUCACCUGUCGUCAACUAUCUGCUCUAUCUUUACCCUGCUUCACAGAAGACCAUUUCCUCUCCCAGGUCUCCCAGUGUUGCUAGCAGAAGUCAGUGGUUAGUCUGUGGUUUGUUGACUGUAUCUGUCGUUGUCGUUCUGGGAAGUAGCCUGUUUUACUGAGGGCAGAGUCAGUCGUUUCCUCAGUGAUCGGAGGGUAGGGUACAGACUGACUCCAUGGAAUAACAAACAGUCUGUGGAACCAGGCCAGAGAUAACAGUGUCCCUGUCUCCUGCCCUAGAGGUGCUGCUUACAGGACCUAGGCAGGCUGCGUCAGAAAUAACACACACUUCCCUAUCUAGUGCACUACUUUUGACCAGGAUCCUAUGUGGUCAGCCAGUAAAUAUGAAUGAGACAACAGGUGGACUGAGAUGAGAUUGAGAUGUUUCUGAUCAGGAUGUGAUUGCUGGUGGGUCUUUGGAUCUCAGUGAAGUUUUCCAGAGUUUUUCCAAAGUAAACGGAAGUCUGGAUCGUUCAGGAAAUCUGCGCAAUGAUCUGACUAGACAAUGACCUGGUUCUACAGAUGUUGAUGACGUCUGAUUCGUUUGAAGUUUCUCUCUCUUUCUAUCUUUCUUCUCUCUCUGUAUCUCUCUCUUCUCUCUCUGUAUCUCUCUCUUCUCUCUCUGUAUCUCUCUUCUCUCUCUGUAUCUCUCUCUUCUCUCUGUAUCUCUCUCUUCUCUCUCUGUAUCUCUCUCUUCUCUCUCUGUAUCUCUCUCUUCUCUCUCUGUAUCUCUCUCUUCUUUCUCUGUGUCUCUCUCUUCUCUCUCUGUAUCUCUCUCUUCUCUCUCUGUAUCUCUCUUCUCUCUCUUUCUAUCUUUCUUCUCUCUCUGUAUCUCUCUCUUCUCUCUCUGUAUCUCUCUCUUCUCUCUCUGUAUCUCUCUCUUCUCUCUCUGUAUCUCUCUCUUCUUUCUCGGUGUCUCUCUCUUCUCUCUCUGUAUCUCUCUCUUCUCUCUCUGUGUCUCUCUUCUCUCUCUGUAUCUCUCUCUUCUUUCUCUGUGUCUCUCUCUUCUCUCUGUAUCUCUCUCUUCUCUCUGUAUCUCUCUCUUCUCUCUCUGUAUCUCUCUCUUCUCUCUCUGUAUCUCUCUCUUCUUUCUCUGUGUCUCUCUCUUCUCUCUCUGUGUCUCUCUUCUCUCUCUGUAUCUCUCUCUUCUUUCUCUGUGUCUCUCUUCUCUCUCUGUAUCUCUCUCU